AUGUUUAGUUAUUCAGUAGUGAUUGUUUAUAUUUUUUUUUUUUUAAUUUUAAUAUUCCAAUAUUUUUGUAACAAAAGUUUUGAGAUUAGCAAUAAAAAUUUAAAUAUUGUAUCAAAUUUGAUAGGUGCAAGAGUAUUAACAGAACAACAACUAAGUCCAAUAAUUAGAUCAAUAAGAACAAGUAGUGAUAUUCCUGAUAAACUUGUUCAAUUACCUGAAUUACGUCAAGAAGCUCUAUAUGAUAAGUUGGGAAAAUUAUCAAGUAAUUUCACAGGAGAUAAUACUGUAGAAUAUACUACUUGUAUGAGUAACAAAAAUAUGGAUAUUGUGAGAUCAUUAAAUACUCAUCUAGAGCAUAAUAGUAAAGCUUAUUUAUAUAAUAUUUUUUCUUUAGGGAGUAAAUUAGAAAAAGAAUUUCAUCUGUAUUCCCACGAUUAUUAUAUAAGUGAGGUAAUGUUAAAUGGUAGAAUUUUUAAUACUGAACCAUAUACUAUAUCUGAAUUAUCAUCCACGUUUACUCCAUUCUCUUCAACUACUUCAUCAUCCACAUCUUCAUCAUCAAUCACACCUGCGACAUCAACAGUUUCUUCGUUAGUAAAUAAUAAUUUAUCAGAAAUAGUAACAAACUUUUCUUCUAUAUCUACAAGUCUAUUUAAGAACUUAACUACAUUAACACCUUCAAUUGAAACUGAAACUAUAAUUACAUCUGAGAAUAAUUCAUCUUUAUUAAUGCCUGUAGAACAUAGUAAUUUAAAUAAAGAAUGUUUUUGGUUUUUCUGUGAUCCAAAAAAUUUUAUUGCUUUAUAUAUUCCUCUUGUUGUUGUUGGAAGGUUAUUGUUUUUUAUAUACCUUUACAAACAGAAUACUCAUACCAGACCAGUUUCAGGAAAAAGUAAUCCAAAAAAAGAUAUAGGAAAAAGGAGAACGCAUAAAAUAGACAAUGGUUAUAAUAUUCAUAAGCACUCAGAAUUUCCUUUUAUGCACCCAUUUUGA